AACUAGUACUUGGAUUAUCAAUCAAUUUUUUCUCCAAUAUUACGGAACGCCAGAGGGUAGAUAACUAGCUAGCAAGAGAUUCCCACUAGAUAACACAGCCACAAAGUAGUAAUUGGCUAUAUCGUAAAAAUGUAUGAAAACCAAAAUACGCGUUUUGGUCUUAAUUUAAGGUUGGGCCAUUACAUCAGCAGUGUGGUUAGGUUUAAAAUCCGUUUAUAAGAAGAUGAAUUGUAGAAAUAUGCGGGCAAGCUUGCUAGCCCCAAAAUGUGUACAACUUCAAAGUUGCUCAACUGUUGCACAGGGGAUCAACUACUGCAUUUGAAGACACUGCCACCUGCUGACAUGUGCCUCAAAUGUGAUUAUCAAAGAGUCCUCAACAGCCAUUUGAGUUAGAUAGCUACAUAGAUUUGAUUUGACAGUUAUAAAUUACACCCAGGGGGAAGAUACCACCAGUCCGGUCCCUUACACGCCUUUCUUGUGACGUAUUAUGCGCGGCCAUAAAACGGUGACCUAUUGUGACGUAACCAAGCAUCAAUUCGCUACAUGAACUGUGUUCAUCUUUGAUAUCAACAGUACAAUCUCUUUCUUCAAUCAGCUUGUUUCAGCUAAUCUUUUGCCGCAUAGUCUGCCCUAGCUGACGCUGUGCAGAGAAUACUACGAUUGGAAACGGUUGGUUAGACCCGUUCGCACUGCACAAGGUGAUUUGGAGUUUAGAAUGUCUGGUAGGCUCUUACAUUCUUUGGGGAGGUCCCAAAUGGCACCCUGUAGUGUAGUACUUUUGACCUGUGCCCAGUGGGCUCAGAUCAAAAUAUGUGCACAAGUCAAAGUAAGUGCGCUAUAUAGGGAAUGGCGUGCCAUUUGUCUGUGUGUGUGUGUGUGUGUUAGGAUAUGUUUUGUGCCAAUCAAUUGAUGAAAAUGUAUCCCUCAGAAAACAAGAUGGAUCGUAGUGAUGAGAGAAUCAGAAGAGCUUUAAGGCGCCGCCCUUAUGUGUUGAAUCCAGUGAGGGUGAACUCCCCUGAUUCUGUGAUGUGGCCAACCGGUAAGGUGCACAGAAGACCAAGGCCUUCUGGAAGGGUGACUCGGCUGAUGGAGAGAAAUUAUGAUGGGGUGAUCUCAUCCUCCAACUCUGAUGACAUCUCUAUCUACUCCUUCACUGACUGUGAAUCUGAGAUUAUUGUGGCCAAGCCCAACAUCCUUCUCCCUGCCUCUGUGAGUGCCCUGAAGAAGGCAUCACGCCUGAUGGAGUUGGUCCCUACUGUCCGGCCCUGCAGGGAGCAGCUGGACAAGAAGACACAGUGGACCAACACCAACGAGGAGAGCCUGAGGAGGAUUAAAAAAAAACUGGCCUCCAUAGAGCUCGACCUGGAGGAAGGCCUGAACAAGGUCAACGACGGUCAGGACAUCAACCAAGAGAGGCAGAAGAAUGAGGGAUGCUUCAGAGCCUGGAUUGAGAAGUGGAUGGGGAAGAGGAAGGAGGAAAGACUGAGGGAUGAAGAUGUGAAUAGGGAAGAUAAAGGGAGGAUGGGCGAGGAAGUGAGGGCACUGAUCCAAGUGAUGAAGAGAAACUGCAGUGAAAGUGAUCUUGAGGCAGUAAACCUGGACAGUUGGCUGAAUGACUUGGAAAGGUUGAAAGUGGCCUUCAAGAAAUGCACUGGAGAGAUGGCCGAAAUGAGCCCAGGGAAAGUCUCUGGUCCUGUGUCUGGCCUCUCUCCUCUUGUGACCUCAGCACCCCGGACCCUGGCUGAAGCCCUACAAGCCCUGCCCUCUGCUGUGGCCCGUCCCUCCCAAAAGGAUGUCCCAAAGCCUCCGACACCUCCAAGCCCUGUCUCUGUCAUUGUUGCUUCGCCUGCUGUGGAGUACUUACCAUACCACCGCAGCCCUCGCCUGGCCCCAAUCACCAACCUGAGUGAGAACGGCAGGAAGCUGCUCCAGAAAAUGUCAGGAGUGACGCCACAGGAAAGGAAGGUCAAAAGGAAAAAGACCAAGGGAAAAAAGCAAGUGAAGAAAGAGAAGGCCAGUAAGAUGCAGCAGGUGGAAAAUGUUGGAGAAACUAAGGAGGACAAGAAAGAUGAAAAGAAGAGUCUGAGGAAGAGGUUUCUCCAGUGGCUGCUGCCCAAACUGAGAUGUUCGAAGAAAUAAUGGCCAACUACUACUACAACACACACACACACACACACACACACACACAUACUAUUGA